UACGCCUCCAGUGGCGCCAGAGCGCGGGCGUGCUGCUGCACGGCGUGCGAGAGCGUGCUUUCGCGCCGCCAUUUUGCCAGCGAUGGCUUUCCUUGUAGAGUUGCAGAGCUCUUAACAAGAGGGCUGAGGUUUCUGAAGGUGUGUUUUGAAUGAAAAGUCUGAACCGUGUAUAGACAGGAUGGUCUCUCUGACGCCUUCAACAAACAUAGAAGAUGUGAAUCUGACAAUCACUCAAGUAGAAUGCCACUCCGAAUGCUUGGUUAUAGUGUUCCAGGGUCAACAAUACAAGGCAGGAUGUGAGCUUGACUAUUACAUACUUCAAAAUGAAAUACAGCGUGUAUUCAAAGUAAGAGAUAAUGUUUAUGUUGGUGGGUCUUGUUUGGUGGAAGACACAGAAGGAAGAUGGCAUAGGGGAAGAGUUCUGGAAAAGAGAGAGAAUAACUGCAAGGCUUUUCUUAUAGACACUGGGCAGGUGCUAGUUGUUGGAGAAACACAUCUUGCAUGUGCUUGUGAUGAAUUGUUUGAGCUGCCUCCAAAGGUGGUUUCAGGUGUUUUUGCAAACAUACUUCCUUUUGGAGAAAAAUGGGGUCCAAAAGCUGUUAACUAUUUUUCAUCUCUGGUAGGAGUACAGAUUACAGGUCAUGUGAAAGCUGUUACGCCAUGCCAGCUGUUUAUUCUAGAAGUGCCAAAGAUCAUUAGUGAUGUUCUUGAACUGCAGUUAGGAAAAUUUAUUGAUGGAGAUUCAUUUUGUUUUAUUGUAGAAAUGUUAAGAGCAUUUCCCCAAGUAAUGCUUUGUAAGAGAGUGCCACAAUUGUUGCAACAGAAGUAUCCAGUUAAGGAGUCGCUUACUUUGAGUGAUUCUGAGAAACCAACAGUUUUUUGGCCAGUUCCGGGUGAUCUUUUUCCACAUCUACCUGUCGGCAGUAAAGAAAUUGUAAAAAUAACUGUUGCAGUAAGCCCGAAUAAAUUUUACUGUCAGAUGCAGAAAUGGCAGAAAGAACUGGAAGGUUUGACAGGAGCUAUGCAUUUGUACUAUGAAGCUAUCAGUAGAGAAAAUAACUCUUCUGAAAGUUUAGGGCUGCUCUGUGCUGCCAAAAGGCAAAAUGGACAGUGGCAUAGGGGAGUGAUAAAAGAGGUUCUCUCUGGCUGCGUGGAAGUCUGGUUUAUGGAUUUUGGCAAUAUUGAAGCUGUGCCAUCUAGUUGUGUUCAGAAACUUAAAGUAGAGUUCAUGGCAUUACCAAUGAUUUCAUUUCCAUGUGCGCUGUCUUGUUUUGGUAGUCAGGAUGAAACAGUAAAAAAAAUUCAGCUGAAAGAACUUACACAGGCCUUGAUAGGACAGACUUCUGUGUGUGUCCUUGUUGAUUUAUUCGAUAACAUUAAAGGCUUGUAUUAUAUUACGCUGCAAAAUCUAAAUCAGGGAAUCAAUACUAAGCAUCCAGAAAAAAAGAAUGAGGCAGCUGCAUCGUGUGUCUCACUUCCGGAAACAAACAUCACAAGUAUUGCUGUAAACGACAAACCAUGUCAUGAGAGGUACAAUUCAUUUAAGAAUUGUACGGGAAAUAAACAUACAAAAAGCUGCUUACCUGAAAGGAAUAUUUCUUUGUCAAGCCACUGCAGAAGAGUAGAAAUGCAAAUGAAUUCUUUUCAUACUGCUUUUGUGGUAUAUGUCAUAAAUCCAUCUGACUUCUGGAUUCAAACAUGUGAAUAUCAGAAUGAAUUUCAAGCCUUGAUGAAAGAUAUUGCAGACACAUAUAACCAGUGUGGAGUUGAUGAAAUGGUCCUUAAAAACCCAGAACCUGGACUGCUGUGCUGUGCCCGGUAUAGCAAAGAUAUGCAGUAUUAUCGGGGUGUUGUCACUGAAGUGCUUCGUGUAAACAUUACUAUUUAUUUUCUGGAUUUUGGAAAUACAGAUACAGUACCCUGUUACGAUGUGAAAACAUUGCUUCCUCAGUUCUCUGAUUUACCAGCUUUAGCUAUGUGUUGUAAACUUGCUUGCACGUUUCCUGUGGAUGAGGUGUGGGUUAAAAAGGAAAUUGAUUUCUUCAGAGAAAUUGUAUUUAACAAAUUACUGCUGCUUCAUGUCAUUGGAAGGCAAAACAACACAUACAUUGUUCAGGCACAGUAUAAGGAUGGUUUGAAGCAAAGGAAUGUGGCCACAUGUAUGGUUCAAGCUGGAUAUGCCGAGUACUGGGAAAAGAUACAAGAUUCUGUUCUAAAUGUGGCAAAAAAAGGUAAAGACCUAAAUAUCUGCAAAUAUAAGAAAAAAAAAAAAGUAAACGCACAGAGCAUCUGUAAUUUUGGUAGAAGUAAGGUAUCUGGAAAUGGAGAAGGAUUUCAGAAGAAAAAAUCAUUAAGUGUGCCUUUAUCGCUGAGAAAAUCUGUUGUGCUGCCCUGUUUUGGAAAAGGUGCUCUCUCUAAAACAUGUAAAUUGGUAUGUGAGGAGAAUUUGUUUUAUAAAGAACUUGUGUUUAAAUCAGGAGCUGUUUUUGAAGUAGUGUGUUCUUGCAUGGUUUCCCCAGCAGACUUUUCAUGUCAGUUGCAAAGCAAACUACCAAAGCUAAAUAACUUAAUGGAACAAAUUCAGACUUGCUAUAAAGAACAUACCAGUCCUUACAAAACAGGACAGAUUGUUAAAUGCUCCAAAGAUGGGAAGUGGUACAGAGAAAUGGUUGUGCAGCAGGUAUCCACAGACGAAGUUGAUGUGAUUUUUGUAGACUGUGGUUAUUGGGAAAGAGUUUUACUUAAAGACCUUCAGGCUGUACUUCCAGAUUUUCUAACUCUGGAAAGUCAAGCAUUUAGGUGUAGACUUAAAAAUGUACCUUUACGAUUUGACUCGCUUAAUUGGUCUGAAGAAAUGUGUAGGCGUUUUAAAGACUUCAAUUCUGCUUCUGGAGGACCACUGACUUGCAUAAUUUAUGCUCUUGUUCUUGUAAGCCUCAACUGUUUAUGCAAUAUAGUUGACUUACAGACUCCAUUGAUUAGUGCAGAGGAAUUCCUCAGAGAACAUGGUGUCACCCAGUCUGAAUGUAUUGGUCUGAGAAGCCUUGCAUCUUUGGGUUCUCUGUACAGCUUUUGCUACUCAUCUUUUAAUAUUAAAAUUGGAAGUGAGGAGGAGGUUUGUAUAACUCGAUAUAGUCCUUCAGAAUUCUAUUGUCACUGUCAUCCUGCUUUAGAUUCAAAGGAAGUAACUGUAAAUGCUCUCCCUGAAUCUCAUAAUGAAAGUCUAAAUUAUAUGGGUCAGCAGGAAAGGCGUAAUGAAAAUACACCUAAAUUAAUCAGUCUUCCUCAACGUGAUAUUCAGGUGAAUUCUGAAGUAGCAGGGUAUAUUUCUCAUGUGAAUAGUUCAUCAGGUUUCUAUGUUCAGCUUGCAGAGGAUGAAAACUUAAUAAUACAACUAGCAAAAGAAUUAAGUGAAAGCAUGGUGAAUAUAGGUCAUGAAAAUUGCUUAGAUGAGCUCAUGGUAGGAGAUCUCGUUGGAGAGCAUGACACCGAUUGUUUUUACUAUAGAGCAGUUAUUAAAACUCUGAAAUCAGGAAACUCCUUUGGGGUAGACCUUAUUGACUAUGGUAAUGUGGCAGUUGUAGGUCCUUCAGAAAUCUACAGGAUUCAGAAAAAGUUCUUAACUUUGCCAAGGCUCAGUGUUCAUUGUUUCCUUAGAGUAAAAAGUGUUCCUGGUGAAAGCUGGACUAACCAUUUUGUAAAGAAAAGAGCUAACAAGCCAGUUGCUUGCAAGUUCUUAAAGCAACAUGGAGAGCAAUGGGAAAUAGAAGUAAAUUGUGAUGGGAAGUUGUCUAAUGGCCUUCUGCAGAGAAAAGACAGUACAAGGUGGCAAAACAGAAUGCGUAGUCAGGAAAAUAGGCCAAAACAUGUUCUGGUUAAUAAUGGUAAUCCUUGAGAUAGAAAGGCUAGGAAUGGUUUAAGUCAAACUAAGUCUGUUAGGAUGAAAAAUACUUCCAAAACAUCCUUAAAUGUCCUUUCUCAAGAUCUAAUUUCUGGACAGGUAGAAGGAGUAGAAGUAAUUAAUAUUUCAGAGAGUGGAGAAUGUCACGUGCAGUUACUUAGAAAUUUGCAAAUAUUACAUGAGUUAAAUGUAAUGCUUGCCAAAGAAGCACAAAGAAGUGAUUUGCUUAGAGUGGAUGACAUUGAAGAAGGAUUGGACUGCAUGACAAAAUCCAAAAGAACUUUUAGGUGGUAUCGAUCAAAAGUGAUAAAGAAGUUAGUCAGGGAGAAGUUAAUGCUCGUUUUUUUCAUGUAUUAUGGCAGGUGUGAGAUGGUGCCCUUAAACAAAGCAAAGGUGCUCAGUGACAAGAUUAAAAGUAUUCCUAAACAAGCUGUGUUUUGUAAGUGUGUUUGGUUUAAAAAAGUGAAGAAAACUCUAUUUGCCCAUGUAGUAAAUGCACUCCUGAAUCAUGAAAUAAGGAUCUUGUUUUUAAGGUAUUUGGAAUCCUCCCAAAUCUGGGAAUUAGAUAUUUUAAUAGGAAAAGUUCUGCUUUAGGAGUAUUCUAACCACCUCUUAAGUCAUUGUUGGACCAGAAAAAUGCAUAAUAAAGACUGUAAGGAGUCUGAUAUAUCAUUCAAGGUAAAUUCAAUCACAUGGGCACUGCAGAGUGGCAGAAGGUAUCCUGGGUUUGCAACUGCAGUUACUGAUCCUUCAAACUUCUGCAUGCAGUUUGAAGUCUUAUUUGAUUGCAUGCAAAACUUGUCCUUGCUGCUGUCUGACCUUCCUGACAACUUGGCAGCUUUGCCAAAAGAACUUGUGGCUCCUGGUGCUAUCUGCUUGAUCAGGUUUGGACUGGAAGCACAGUGGAACAGGGCAGAAAUUAAUGAAUUAACAAGUCAGUCUGUUGUUCUUGCAUUUAUUGAUUAUGACUUUCUUAAGAGCAUCCCUUACUCUGAUAUUCAUAAACUUAAACUUACUCCAGAAAGUGUGACUGUUUUACCGCACUUGGCACACUCUUGCUCUUUACAUGAUAUAGUUCCUGCCAAGGGGGAAUACUGGAGUGAUGAAGCUGAACUUCUGUUUCAGAAGCUUCUUAGUAAACCAGAUCUGAUCUUCCAUUUUAGAUGCUAUGGCCCUGAAAUGAAAUUAGACGUGAAUGUUCUGUGCAAGAACAAUCUAGCUCAUGCCUUAAUUGCUGCUGGCCAUACAGUCUACUCUAGAAGUACUCUGCCUCAUCCCAGUUGACAGAAUUAAAUCAGAAAAAACAUUUGUAGCCUCAGUGUCCAAAUUGUAGUUACUGUUGUUCCUUUUGUGAACCAGAUUAUGACAAAAACUUGUUAUUUUGGUGACAGAAGUGAAACAAAGAAAGUAUCCAAAGUGUAGGACUGUCUGUGAUGAAAGUUUCAAAUAAGGAAGUCUACCAGUGGGUAGACUUAUCGAAGUGGGUGCUGGAAUAUUGUUGACCAAAGGAUCUGAAUUCAUAUAACAGUGACAGAAAAGAAAAACUGCAAAAGGUGGACAAUUCUGUGAAAAAGUUCGUUUUUCUCAGCAUUGUGAUGAUAAGAAAAGUAAAAUUUACUUAGUACAGAGUAAAUCUGCUACCAGAAGCACUGGUUCAGGCUUGUGAUUCUGCGGUUUCAUAGUCUAAACAGCAUGAAGAUACUAUCAGAAGAGUUAUUUGAGUAAUAAGUAGACUGCAGUUAGGAAGGUACUUCAAUGCAUUAAAAAAACCCCAAACAUACAGAUACUGCUCUCAGUGUUUUUCCCUCCAGGACUGCUUGUUGUAUUUAUUUAGACAAUCGUGUUUUUGGCAAAUCUUUUUGUCAGGGUGCUUGUAUAACUUAUGUAUGUAUUUAUAUAAAACUUCAUUUGCAGUAGCAUUUGGUUUACGGUGGUGUUGCCUCCUCCUUGGUUUGGAUGCUAAGAAAACAAAGAUACCAAGCAUAUUCUCUGUGCUUCAAAUUCCAAAGUUCUUGUGUAUCUUUUCUCUUGUUAGGAAGAAGUUGGCUAACAAUAAGCCAAAAACUUGAAUUUGCAUUUAUGGGAGAGACAGCCACUAAGUUGUUUGCAGUUAGCUCAUGGUGUAAAGUUGCUAGCGACCUGUCUCAAGGUUAUCCUUGUAUCCAAGUUGCAUCACAAUUGGGGGUUUUUCCUCUGUUGAGUGUACAUGAUUUCUCUCUUCUGUCCGCCCCACCCAUCUGUCAAAAUGAAGAAAGGAACUUUUCUCCAUGCAUUUUGUAUCUUGAAGGGAAACAUUCAGAUGUUUUUCUGACUGACUUUCCCCCCUGCCUCCUUCCUCAGUUGUUUGGACAUAAGAUAAAGCAUGAUGAAGCCUGAAGUGAGUGGGGGGG